AUGAUCCUAAGCCAAACGCACUGUGUUUCUCCCCCGAUGGAAGCAAUUCCGAUACGUUCCGCUCAGUGUUUAUUGCUCGGCGUUGGGGCAGGAGGGAGGUUUGUUGUGGGUGAGGUCGGCAGAGGUCGGGUGUUUUGAACUCGCUGUUGCCAGGUUCCGAGCCGAGUUGAAAACUGACACUGCCAGGACUGGAAAGAUUCGGCUGUUGUUACCGCAAGAACUCCUGAAACAUGGUGGAUUAUUAUGAAGUUCUGGGAGUGCAGAAGCAUGCCUCAGCAGAGGAUAUCAAAAAAGCGUACCGUAAAUUGGCACUGAAAUGGCACCCUGAUAAAAAUCCAGACAAUAAAGAUGAGGCGGAACGGCAGUUUAAGCAAGUAGCUGAGGCCUACGAAGUCUUGUCAGAUGCUAAAAAACGUGACAUCUAUGACAGAUAUGGAAAAGAAGGCCUAAUAAAUGGAGGUGGAGGUAUGAAUCAUCAUGAUAGUCCAUUUGAUUUUGGAUUUACAUUCCGCAACCCAGAGGAUGUCUUCAGGGAGUUUUUUGGUGGAAGGGACCCCUUUUCGUUUGACUUCUUCGAAGACCCUUUUGAGGACUUCUUCGGUGGCAGGCGGGGUCCAAGGGGAAGCAGAAGCAGAGGUGGUGGAGGAUCUUUUUUCUCUGCCUUUGGCGGAUUCCCUGCUUUUGGAAGUGGUUUCUCUCCAUUUGACACAAGUUUUACUUCGUUUGGCUCCCUGGGACAUGGAGGCCUUACUUCAUCAUUCUCCUCUACGUCAUUUGGUGGCAGUGGAAUGGGAAACUUCAAAUCAGUAUCAACCUCAACUAAAAUAGUUAAUGGCAAAAAAAUUACUACAAAGAGGAUUUUUGAGAAUGGACAAGAGAGAGUAGAAGUUGAAGAAGAUGGCCAGUUAAGGUCGCUAACAGUAAAUGGGGAGGCAGAUGAAGAAGCCUUUGCCGAGGAGUGCAGACGGAGAGGACAACACGCGCUGCCCUCCCAGCCCACCAACCUCCGCCUGCUGAAGCCCCACAAGUCUGGCAGCUCCCCCCGCUUUCCCAGCCAUUACAGUAGUGAUGAGGUGGAAGAACAAGACAAGAGCCGGGUUAUGAGCAGCUUCGAGACCCCUAUUUAUUUAUCAGGUGUGCACAAGCAUGUUGGUGAGAAAGGUGCAGAGAAGGACCCCUCACACAGUCAAAAGCCAAAAGCAAAAAGCCAAGCAAGAAGUUGGUGCUGUGUGUUGACUUAAUGUUAGUCCCCUGGUAGAUAAUAAACAGCAGCUUGUUUGCCUUCAUCCUGCUUAGCUCUGAUCUUCCAUUUAGCCUAGAUUCACUAACGCCCUGAGAUAUUUAAGGAUCCAGGGCAAAUACUGUUGUGCUGCUGAAGUGCCUGUGCUCUUUGUUGUUAAAAGUGAAGGCCUUUUAGAGGUUAACUCAUCACAAUACUUUGCACAUUCAUUUACUUAAAUUGUGCUUGGCUUCCUUGUCCAAGGAGAAGUUCAGCAAGUUGAUGCUAUUUCUGGAAGCUGCAGUUUUAGGCAAGUAGGUCCUAAUAGAGGAGGCUGAGAAUGUUCAGGCAAACGUGGCAACGUGGCAAUUGUCUGGGUUGUUUUUGGAAGUAAUUAGUCCUUUGAUAUAUUUCCAGUCUGUAAUUUUUUGGCAAUGUAGUCCAGAGGCUAUCUUGGACAAUGAAGUCCUCGUAAUUACUUGAUUUAAUUGGAACCUGUGGUCAGAGAUCAUCCAGGACUGUGAGGACAGGUGUUUUUGAAACAUGAAAGAUGCCUUUCUACUUGGAUGUCCAAAGCAAGGACCCUUCUCAGUAGUGUGAGAUCAAGUGAAGUGCUGGGAAGUGUGAGCCUAUGAGGCUUCUCAGGGUACACACAGCCCAUGAAAAACAUGCAUUGUAUCCCACAACAGGUGCUCAUGUACUCCCAGUGCUAUACUAACUUCCAAGGUGUUUAUGAGCCUUUAAACCUAACAAUGUCUUCUGUAUGGAAGACGUAAAGAUAUUAUGAUAGAUGACACAUUGAAAAAACAGAAUAAUUUAGAUUAAUGUCUUCUUGAUAAGUUUGUGUCUUUAAAGAUGAACAAGUUGAAUCUUUUUUUUUAAAAAAAGCAAAAAGCAAAAAGUUACAGAGGCCUGAAUGUAACCUCUGGGCUGAAGCCUCCCACACAAGGAAGGGCUACAGGUUUGGUCUCCCCUGUCUGUGGCUGACAAAACAAAACCUUGGCUCUGCCUUUGGACACACAAGGGUCUUUGCAAUCACAAUAUUUUGCAAUGGAUUCCAAGAAGCAGCUGAGUUUGACAUGCACUGUGCAAUUUUUGGAGCAAUUUUUAAGAUUGCUUAGGACUUUCUGCUGUGAAUUUAUUUAUGCUCCAAGACGCACAAGUUUGCAAUUAAAAUUAAUUUCCAGAAGUAUUAGCAAUCACAAAAUGCUGUCUUCUACCAGUAGAUUGUGAGUUGCCAAAACAGACUCAGGGUGAAAACUUGAUUGCAGUAAGACUAAGAUUUUACUCUUGCUUUAAAUAUUUUGCCUGCUGUUCCUCUGAUGGACAGGGCUGCUGAAGGACUGGUCGAGUCAGUCAUAAAAACCUACGUGAGUGUCUUAAUCCCUCCCUGGGGAGUGUGUGCACGAGCCCUGGCCAGAAAUGCCAUUUCCCUUCAUGGGUGUUCACCUCUGCUGAGUGCCUUGCCCAGCAAGCAGCUUCACCAGCACAGCUCUGUAAUUACAGAGACCACUCGACUCGCUUGGCUUCUCAUCGAUCACUGCCGUGCUUACACGGGCCGGCGUCGGGAGAGAAUGGCAUCAUUUCUGCCUUGCUCCAAAGCCCUCUCAGUUCACUGGGAAACAGUUGAGUUCAAUGGCCCCAAAGCAGGUGCAGUUCCACCUUGAAUCAGAUGUUUUUGCCACCACCAGUGUGGGAUUCUUGACAGUGGGACCACACAGCAGUUUUAGAUGUUGUCCCAGUUGGAGCAUCUCAAGCAAACCCUCAGCCAUUGAUGAUUCACCUGCAAUGAAGUGGUUCUCUUUUCCCAGCUUUAAGGAUGGGACUGUUUGGGUUUUGAUUUGUAAGUCUGUAGGAAAUUUAAAUGAAGGAGAAGGGGAUAGGUUUCAUCUUGGCUAUGUUGUGGGAAUCCCUCUGUGGGAUCUCUCUAGUGCCCAAGAGGAAAGGCUGGCCAACUCCUUUAGACUGGCAAUAUCCAGAGGUGAGAUGAAUCCUCUCCUUAGUCUGGAUUGCCAGUUAUCACAGUGGGUAUUUAACAAAAAAUUAAGACUUUAAUUUAAUUCUCCAUCUACCAUGGACACUUUGUGUUUUAGUAGAAAUUGCUCUGGAAACUGUUCUUGGUUUCAUAAUGGCCUUUUAGAAUAAAACUUCACCUUUUGUGCUCUGAAGCUGCUGCAUAUAUCAAACAGUUCUCUAGCUCCAUAAAGGAAUUUUUGAAAGAAGAAUUCAGAUACUGCAAUUUAUGUGCUCCCUGAUAGUGUGAUACAGAGCUGACUGGGGUGAUCUGAGCUGUGUCAAAGUGGUGCUAAUGCCAGCAGAGACCUGGGGAUGGCAGCUGUUAAUGCCAGAGGUGGUGGUAACUACCCCUUAAAAACUACUGUUUUGGAUUUGGGAGUUUUGACCUUUAUCCAGCAAGAAUGAUUGAAAUGUUUAAUUGUUAAAAUAGUAAAAAAAUAUGAUACAAAUGUCAUUAUUUGGAAGAUAAUAUUGCAAGGUUUGCUCUUCCUUUUCAAAGAAAUAGCUUGCAUUAACCUGCAACUUACAACAUUAAUAAUUCAUUUUUUGCUGCAUUUUCAUCUGCUGGCAUCUGUGAAGAGGAAACCACUCUAAAAGAACUAGCUUAACUAAUCUUGAUCCUUUCCUGGCAUGGUUUCCUCUGCUGGAAAGUCGAACUGUUUGUAGUUCAUUUCAUCUUUAAUUCAGUCUUUGUUCUUUUUACCAAUGUGCAGUUUCCUGAAUUAUACUUUACUAACUAGUAACAGUGAUGUGCUUUGUUAUCCAAACUAAUUACUUUAUAAUUCCAUCACAAACUUCGUUUUGGGCAUGUAAUGGAAAGAGAAAGGAAAGCAAAGCCACUGAUUUUUGUGGAAGUCUAAUACAUGAGGAAUGUUGGAGGUGCAGAGAUGGAGUUUGCCCUCCCUUUGCUCCACAUCCCCUGUAACUGUGCAAGUGGGAUGGGGUAACAGCUGUACCCAUGUGGGGCAGGGCUGGAAAGGCUGGCUGGUGGAUUUGGAGACUGGCUGGUGGGUUUGGAGACUGGCUGGUUGCCCCCAGGCUUAGCCCAGAGCUGCCUUCACUCAUGGUGUUUUGGCUGCUGGUACAAAAUCAUCUUGUUACCCAUCAAAGACAGCUGGGCUGUGUGUGGAAGGGCUUCCAUGGCUGCACAGCCUUGCAAGAUUUUGCUUGCUAUUUGGGAGUAAAACUUUGGAAAUCCAUUCAGUGCUUGUGUUACCCUAAUUAACAGGAGGCAAACAGGUGAUAUCUGGUUUGGUUUGUUCUUGUGGCAAUUCUAGGCAGAAUUGGUAAAGAAACUGGCAUGGUGAGCAAGCAGGAAGGAAGGCUUCUGCAAGCUGCUAAAGCUUUUCAGUCUCCUAAAACAUCAAAGUUGGGAUUACAUCACCAGGUUGGCCAGUGAAACUGGAGAACUCAGACCUUGGAUUUAACAGUGUGGAUAAUUGAAUAGUGGAACAGCAUACCUAGACAGGGUGGGAUGUUUUGUCACCCCAGGUCUUGACUGAAGGCUCCCUCUCCACAAUGCUCCGUGGCACAGGCAGGAGCUGUGGAUGAGGAGAGGGAAUUAGUGGGUCAGGUUGUGCUGUGUGCUGGGUAGUGGCUCAGGCUGAGGGGAGGGGAUGUGAAAGUGCAAAGAUGUAAUUGCAAAUUGAGUCACACAUGAAAUUAUACUCAAGCUGUGAUCUGGGGUGAAUUUUUACAAUGGCAUAUGUGAGUGUGGUCAGUCUAAAAUAACAGAGGGAGGCUGCAAUUCAGAAGUAAGCCAGCUGCCUUUGAAACAGCAGUUUAUUGUUUUGACUAGAGAGAUAUUUCUAAGACCAGAAAAUUAGAAAGAGCACUACAAGAACCCCAGCUUGAAAGUGCCUCACUGCCCUUUUAGAGCUCUGUGGGUGCUGGGGCCAUGGCUGCUUCCAUGCUUUGAAAGAAGGCCACAAUCUUAGCAAAAAGUUGGUAAAUCUUGGAGACCAUUUUCUCUGAAACUUGAGCAGAAAAUAGGAAUCUGUCCCACUGCCAACCUCAGUGUUUCACUCUGAAAUUGGAAGGAGGCUCCUCCAAAGUCUUCACCUUGGCAGAUCUUCUAUAAAAAUCCUGCUGUGGCCUUUAUUGCUCGCUGGUGUGGGUCAAGCAGCAGCGAUGCUGAGUGUUAAUUGUCAGCUGUGACUGAACCCCUUGUUUCCUUCUGCUCACUCCUACGCUGCUCUGUGCUGGCAGAAGGAAGGUGGAGCAGACCCGUGGCCCCUCUCUGCAUCCUGGUAGAGCAGGCAGAUGUCAGGCAGGGCAGGAAAAAGCAGGAUACCAGGAAUGCAUUGGGUAGGAGUGUCUUCCCCAGGACACUUGUGCCUUUGCGCGCCUCCCUUGCAGCUGCCACCCAAGGGUGUGAUGAGUUUCAUAGCCAGUGACUGAACAAACUUGUGACUUUGGGAGGUGCAGAUGGCAGGGAAGUAGAAAGCCAGCAGGAAAGUCAAUCUGGGACACAGAAGAGAAGUUUCCCAGUUUGUUUGGGUCCUUGCUGAGUGAUGGUUGGAAGGAGUUGCACCUAAGUGUUUCUGGAAGUUGUUUUCAGCCUUCAGCAGCUUUAUGAAAGCUGGAAUAGCUCCUGAAUGUGCUCCUUAUGGCUCUUCCUGAAGUAGAAAAGGAGGGGAUGACAUGGAAGGAGUGAGUUAGCUGAUGCUGUUUGUUUUAGACAAGAAUUAUCCAAGCAGUAAAGCAGGUGUAAUUCCAAAUGGUGUGGAUUCUUGCUUACCCCAUCUCUGCCCCUGGCAGCUGACAAAGGCAAGAACUACCAGCUUAGGGAGAUUUCUAUCUGCAUGUGAGUGAUUCUGUUUUCCAAACGUCACAGCUUGGUGAAGCUCUUGGCAACCUGUUCUCCCUCUGCCCCGUGAGGCAUUUCUAGAGUUUGGGUGGCUAAAGAUUGCUGCUAAGGGUGGAAAUCUGAGCAGCCUUCUCCAAGGCCAGCACUGCUUGGCUGAAGCCAGUUCAGGCUGGCACUUACUAUGGGAAGUUUCUAUGGACACUUUGGGAUGCUGGCAACUUGCCAGGCUCACUGCAGAGUGAUCAGUCAUGGGGCUGCUGCUUUCUAAUUCAGAUUUUAUUGUCUCAUGACUUUGGGGCUAGUCUUGUAACCAAGGCAGCUAAAUAUACUUUUAAUUAGUGCUGGUUGAAGUAUUGGAGUGAAAUGGACACCGAAAGGGUUACAUCUUUAGUGUGCAAGUCUUAUUUAUGUUAGGAGCUGCUUCACUUGUUUGGAUCAGCUUUUUGGCUGUUAUCACCCAGCAUCGCUGGAGCAACAGACUGGCAAAGUUUGACCUAUCCUUUCUUCUUAGGUGGGGGUAGAAAAGGAAAUGGCAGGCAGUGAAAUUAUUUAUCACAGCAGGCUCAAAACAGAAAAGACCUGGCAGUUUUCUCUUGAGGAGUACUCUGUGUUUGUGUGUUAUCUCCUACUUUGGGCAAUCUCUUUCUGUGUGUCAGUGAUAACGCCUGAAAGAUUUCCACUUUUCAGCCUUAUCAAACCAGAGGCUCGUAGGAGACCAUGUUGUCAAAUGCCUAAAUAUCUUCAUACCACAAUAUUUUAACAUUUGAGUUGCUUCUAUUAUAAGACAAUAAAUUAUGUGGCAUUCACUUCAAGUCAUAAUUUACAUUGACUCAGAAUUUUUAAGAAACAGUUGCUAGAAUUGCUUUCAAAAUCUCAAGCAUUUGAAGAAAAUGGACCAUUGCAAAAAAAAAAAAGUAUUAUAAUAUAAAAUAGCAGCAUCAAAUGCUAUCAUGCCUGAUUGUGGAAACCUUUUAGAAAUACUGACACUGUUUUGAGAAUAAAAAAUGAAAAACAUUCUGAAGCUAGUACCUGCUAGGGUUUAAUGAUCCUUUCCCAAAUACCUGUGUUAUUGUUUCAUAGUUAUUACAUGAGCUAGCUCUGAUGAGCUGAUAUGAUGCUGCUUUUCCUUCCAGUAAAGGGAGGAAUCCUUUGACUAACACCCCCCAGGUGACUGAUUCUCAGGAGUCAGCACAGCUCUUCUGCCUCCCUUGACCUCUGUGGGAAAGCAGGGAGAUUCUGGAGCCCUUCAGGGAUGGGUGCCUUCCGCAGUGAAUUAAGUGCAAAAGGAUCCAAUUUUUGGUGAUGUACAGGUGACCAAGGGGCUGACGUGGCAGGAAACUUCCUGGAUGGAGUUCUUAGUGAGGAGAUGUUCACACAGUGAACAGGGACAGGAGUUUAGCUCAGGGGGUGACAGAGUGCAGGGAAAACCCAGUGUCAUCUGCAAUCCUGCUAAGCACCACCAGUUUCUCUCUUCCUUAAACAAGAAAACUGGUUUCUACUCUAACUUUGUGCAGGCUGAUCGCUUAUGGCAGAAUUUCUAAGUAAAUAUCCUGACUCUUGACUCAGAUAAUUGCAAAAGAUGAAGUCAUGCUGUGGGUACAGCACAGGAGCUAGAGUGAUAACCUAGAACAGUUUCCCAUUGCUACAAGUGAGUGUAUUUCCUCUAAGCUUUUGGUAAUGUCUCAAAUGGUUUUGGCCAAAAGACUUACCUCGUGCUUCUCCCCAAGUCUUAAACUUAAACUGAAGAACUUCAGCUCUGCUGUGGGCACAUCUCUAACUGUGCUUGGGAGGAGCUCUGGUGAGGAGCAAACUGCAGCCACAGUGUGGCUUUGUACUCCCCUGGCCUCCCACCACUUCCUCUUCCCAUCUUAAUUUUGCUAUUGAUAUUGAUAUUGAGAACCAGGUGCUCUGGUGAAACUGCUCCCUUGGGGCCAUCUCUGCCUGCCUGCUGACAGGACAGAGGAAGAAAAGAGAUUUCCAGACAGGCAGAGCUGUGCCUUUCCACAGAGCCAUUCCUCUGACUCCCAGCCCUGCCCCUCGGCUGGAUUGCCGGGGCUGCUCUGCUCUGUGUGGCCCUGGUCACUGGACUGUGCUGAUUUCCAGUGACAGAGCACCACUGAGCUGAAAGAUCCCUCCAGCUGUCUCAAAACACCACAGAAUGUCUGAGGGAAAUGUUUACUGGCUCUCAGUUUAGAUUUAUGAGUGCACCUGGGUAGAUGUGGUGGUUCACACAGUUCACUGCCCGUGCAAGUCUGCCAGCAAGGUGGAUUUUACUGCAAGUUUGGAGGAAAAGGUGUGAUGCUGAGCAAGACCUGUUUUACACACAUUUCUGUAGGGGUAAUAAACCAUUGGAAUGAUGAUCACAUGGCUGGAAGCUUGUGCCUACUGACCCUGUAGCAAAUAAUUGUUGCUUGAACUCAAUGCUUUCAUGCACCAUUGGGGCUGCAGUCAAAUAUAACCUGUGGUGCAUAGUUAAGCAUGAGCAGGCUGAUGACCAGCAUAUAAAAUAUAUAUUGGUAAACACUGAGCACCUUCUUAUUUACUCAGGAUUCUUGGCAUUCCCUAGUCUUAAAAUGGAAAUGCAAAUAUCAUGGUAACUCUGACUACAGUGAGCAGGAAAUGCCAGUACUUAAAUUGCUCCUCCUGCCUAAGUCUUAUUUAUUGCUUCCUUUUUGAAAAUUAUUCUGGUUUUGCAUGUGCUCUAAUUUUGAAGCUUUUCCUGAAUGGCUUUGAAGUAUUUUGAAAGUUCUCCAGAUCUUUUAAAACUUCAAAGAUUGGUAGUAUUUUCUUUCUAUCCUAUGUAAGGGAUAUAGUAGAAUGGGGGAUAUAGUGGAAAUGGCAAUUAAAAAAAAAACAACACAUUAGGAAGCCAGACCUUUUCUUUAAUAAUCUUUAAACCAUUCAGAGAACAUGUGCUUUUGCUAGAGAGAAAAGUCUGUGAAUGCUGUGAAAAGUGUUUUACAAGCCAUGUUU